UCGUAGAACUUAUUCACUGAGGAAAAUUAUACCUGCCCCAGUAACAACAAACUGUGCUGUGUUGCCUCAGACAAGUGGAUACGCUUCUGCUUAAAGGAGAAGGCUAGAAGGGGCUUGCUUAGUCUCUCUGUCAAAUUCGUUGAAAAUGGAUUCCCUCUCUCCCUUUGCUGAUGGAGCAAAAGAGAUGAAUACUGAAGCAGAACAGCAGCUUCUCCAUGAUGCUAGAAAUGGAAAUGUUGAAGAAGUUAAACAGCUGUUGGACACCAUGGACAAAGGAGAAAUAAGCUUUGAUAUCAACUGUAAAGGCAGAAGUAAAUCUAAUAUGGGUUGGACACCUCUUCACCUUGCUUGCUACUUCGGACAUGCUGUUGUGGUAGAGGAUUUACUGAAGGCUGGUGCAGAUGUGAAUGUGCUGAAUGACAUGGGGGACACUCCACUCCAUCGUGCAGCUUUCACAGGACGUAAGGAGGUGGUGAUGUUACUCUUGCAGCAUAAUGCUGAUACUUCUAUUGUUAAUGGGACUGGAGAGACUGCAAAAGAAGUUACUCAUGAUAAAGACAUAAGGAAUAUGUUGGAAGCAGUGGAAAGGACACAAGAAAGGAAACUGGAAGAAGAACUCUUAGGAGCAGCAAGAGAGGGGGAAACAGGGAAACUUACUGCCUUGUUGAACAAGCCCAAACCGCCUGAUAUCAACUGUACAGAUCAGAUGGGGAACACACCAUUGCAUUGUGCAGCAUACCGUGCACAUAAGCACUGUGCAUUGAAACUUCUAAAAAAUGGAGCAGAUCCUAAAAUAAGAAACAAAAAUGAUCAGACACCCCUUGAUCUAGCCCAAGGUGCAGAAAUGAAGCUGAUACUGGGAGGUAAAACUGGAAAGGUUAUCAACAAACCCCUGAGACGAUACGAAGGUUUCCUAUGGAAGAGCUCACGGUUUUUUGGUUGGAAACUCUACUGGAUAGUUCUAGAACAUGGAGUCCUUUCCUGGUAUCGGAGACAAGCUGAUGCAGCGAAUAAUGAUCAUCGUCAGGGAUGCAAGCAUCUAACACAAGCUGUCUGCACGGUAAAAUCUACAGACAGUUGCUUCUUUUCUGUCAGGUGUUUUGAUGACACUGUUCAUCGUUUCAAGAUUCCUAAAAAUAGCCUUCCGUCUCAAACUAGAGAGAGUUGGCUGGAGGCAAUAGAAGACCACUCUGCAUAUAGCACUCAUUACUGCACACAGGAACAGUUGAGUAGUGAUGAGGAGGAUGAUGAUACAGUAUCUGUUACAGAGCUACAGGAUACUCUGAAAAAAGCACAAGCAUGCCAACAAAGACUCAGUAAAGAGAUUUCAGACUUUCUUGCAAUGGUUAAAUCUUUGGAUGCUACAAAAGAAAUAUCUUCUCCCCUCCUGCAAAAAGUUGAUGUGGUCUCUGAAGUAUCCCAGGAAACUUGUGAAGCUCUGGCUGACUGCCUCAACCUAUUUACAAAGCAAGAAGGGGUGAGGAAUUUGAAACUGGAGCAUGAGCAGGAGAAAAACAAGAUCUUAUCAGAAGCAUUAGAGACACUAGCUACCGAACACCAUGAACUAGAGCAGUCUCUGGUUAAGGGAUCUCCGCCUCUCAGCAUCAUCAGUGAAGAGCAGUUCUAUGAUGCUGUUUCAGAUUCAGAAUCUGAAAAAUCAUUAAGUGGGUUUGAAACAACAACAGCCUACUCGUUAGAGGACAGCAUGGAUUCAAAAGAUACAAUAACUUCAAGCAUGUCUGAAGAAAAGGUUUGUGGCAGUGGGGAGUCACUGUCUAACGGAAUCAAAAAACACAGAACAAGCUUGCCAUCUCCGAUGUUUUCCAGAAAUGACUUCAGUAUCUGGAGUAUCUUAAGAAAAUGCAUUGGAAUGGAGUUGUCGAAGAUCACAAUGCCAGUUAUAUUCAAUGAGCCACUGAGCUUUCUGCAGCGACUUACAGAGUAUAUGGAGCAUACAUACCUCAUCCACAAAGCCAGCUCACUUUCCAGCACAACUGAGCGAAUGCAGUGUGUUGCUGCGUUUGCUGUGUCUGCUGUAGCCUCGCAGUGGGAACGUACAGGGAAGCCGUUCAACCCGUUGCUUGGAGAGACAUAUGAAUUGAUCAGAGACGAUCUUGGAUUUAGACUUCUCUCAGAGCAAGUUAGCCAUCAUCCACCCAUCAGUGCUUUCUAUGCUGAAGGUUUAAAUAAUGAUUUUGUGUUUCAUGGAUCAAUUUAUCCUAAACUCAAAUUCUGGGGCAAGAGCGUGGAAGCGGAACCAAAAGGCACAAUGACUUUGGAGCUUCUUGAACACAAUGAAGCCUACACGUGGACAAAUCCUACGUGCUGUGUGCAUAACAUUAUUGUGGGCAAACUUUGGAUUGAGCAGUAUGGAAACGUGGAAAUAACUAACCAUAAAACUGGUGAGAAAUGUGUACUAAGCUUCAAGCCCUGCGGCCUCUUUGGGAAGGAGUUGCACAAAGUUGAAGGCUACAUUCAGGACAAAAGCAAAAAGAAACUUUGUGCGCUGUAUGGGAAGUGGACUGAGUGUUUGUACAGUGUUGACCCAGCUACAUUUGAAGCUUACAAAAAAAAUGACAAGAAAAAUGCAGAAGAGAAGAAAAGCGGUAAACAGGUGGGCAAUACUGAGGAACCAGAUGAGAUGCCAUUGCCAGAUUCUGAGAGUGUGUAUGUUAUUCCUGGAAGUAUUUUGCUAUGGAAGAUAACUCCAAGACCUCCAAAUUCAGCACAGAUGUAUAAUUUUACUAGCUUCGCUAUGGCUUUGAAUGAGUUGGACAAAGAAAUGGAGAGUGUCAUUCCCAAAACUGACUGCCGGCUACGACCAGAUAUCAGAGCCAUGGAAAAUGGAGAAAUAGAUCUAGCCAGUGAAGAAAAGAAGAGGCUAGAAGAAAAACAAAGGACCGCCCGCAAAAAUCGUUCAAAAUCAGAGGAAGACUGGAAGACGAGAUGGUUCCACCAAGGCCCCAAUCCCUAUACCGGUACACAGGACUGGCUUUAUUCUGGCAACUACUGGGACAGAAACUACUUUAACUUGCCUGAUAUUUAUUAAAAUGCAAUAAGGAGCCUGUGACUGAUACAAAUAAGUCUUAAUCUGUUUUAAUGUUUUCCCUUGUUUUACUUAUCUCCUGAAAAAACUGACAUGUUAUCAAAGAGAAUAUUAAGCAUCUCCACAGUAAAUCUGGUGGUACAUGAUCUGCAGUCCCAUAGGUAGGGGAGUAAUUGUUCUGGCUGAUGGUGGGUCCUGUGCGGACAAAGUAAGUCGCCAUGGUUUCGAACUGCCCUGUUUGCUGAAUACACCUAUAUUAGGUUGUGGUGUAUGAGGAAUAGAACACCUUUGGCUGUUCUGUGAAUACUUUCUUUCGUAGGUAACAUUGGCACAAGUAAAACUGGUUUUAUUUAUUGUGACAUGGGAAUGUUUAAAAGCACACACAGUAAUUGCAAUAUUCUGUUCUUAAAUGAAGAGGGGUGUGUCACUUUUGUAAAGAUGUAAUUUUUCAUAAAGUGACUUUUCUUUUACUAAAGUAACUCCCUUGAAUCCUGAGCUCUGGUCAGAGAUUCCAGAAGUGUUCCCGUCUCUGGAGCAUUAAGGCAGUUGUUUAAGCUGGUAACAUUACUCAGAGGUAUUUAUUCAAUGUUUUGUGCAGUGUGUUUUGAAUUUUGCUCUCUUGUUUUGCUACCAGCCUUAUGGUUUAAGGAAUUAAGAGCCAUUUAAACAUCUACAGAUUUGAUUUGAACUGCACACUAGGAACAGGUUUUAAAAGAAUCUGUUUCAUGCACUAGAAGUUCUGGUGCCCAGCACCACUGCAAAAAGGCAAGAACCUAAUCAGUCCAGGACUUGGUGGAACAUGGCAGCGGGCACAGGACCUGUGUCUGUACUGUGCAAACUCCCUAGGAGGAAGUCUUGUGCAUUUCAAAGGUAGUACAGCACCUCAGUGAGGCCUCCUGUGCACAGCUGCUUUACCCCUUUUCAGUGGGGUGCAUUCAAUCUUAGAGUGUAAGUUUAUAUUGAACUGUGUACAGAGCUUCUAGAGGGCAAGCUGCUCUUUGUACAAUAUUUUAACUGCUGUCUGGAGGUUAGUGUUAAUUGAAUAAUUUAAUUGCUACUAAAUAAAGGCUUCAAAACUUCUUGCAUCUAGUGUAAAGUGAGUGGUGGUUGACAGCGCUGACCCUUUCUGAGCAAGCCUACUCCAAAAGCUGCUGCAAUGAACUUGUAUAGUGUGCUUCCCUGUGCUUCAGGGACCUCUUUUCCCCUAAGCAGGAGCAGUCUGCUUAUGGGGGCAUGGGGAUGGCUGGGGAACUGAGACCCUUCCUCCUUGAACACACAGUGAGGCUGCAGCUCUAGCCUUGAGGGUGGACUACUGAAUCUGUUAAUAAGGCAAUGAGAUGCUUUCUAUUUUUAUUCUCUGCACUACUAGAAUUACCCAGGUAGUGAUGGUGAGACAUAUUUGCAUAGAUAAGGGAAAGCCUUUUCUUUGGCAGCCUUUCAUAUGAGGGCCUAGUUCUCACAGUGACCUGUAGAUGCAAAAAUUGAAUACCUGCACUGUCUCUUGGACUCUCAUCUCUGCACUCAAGCCUCUGCUCUGGCCAGCAUUUCUUGAAGUCUGUCUUAAUUCCUGUGCAACUUUCAAGUGUGAGUCUGAGAUCUGUAGAAACAGUCUAGCUAUUGGGUCAGUGCUUCAGCAGGUCAUGCAGCAUUGAACACUCAGUGCUAGGAAAAACAAAGCAUUUAGUUCCCAGGUUCAAGAGGGUGAAACCUCUAUGCAACAUCAACUUUUCUUCUUUUGUUUUGAGUGACUUCUGUUUCAUAACACUUUUUUUUUUUUUUCCUGGAUCUAGUCAUACUUCCAAGAGUCUGGCAUAUUUAAGUGACCAUAGCUGUAGUUGUGAAACCUCUAAAGCAAAAUCAAGGUACUUUUUCUUAACCCCUUCCUCAAAGCAUAACCUCAGCUGUCCUCCUUGAUAAACCUGUAGUUUGAAUGAAUUUGACCAUGUGUGAGAAUAACUCCUUCCUCUAGUUGAAAGUAUGAAUGUGCUUUUACUCCUGACACUUGUGUACAGUUCCUUCCUAGAGUAUAACCCCAGCAGUUCAGGUUACACUGAACUAUGGCUCUGUAUGUAAUCUGUCAGUAUCGUUGGGGCUUAUGCAUAUGCCAUGUUAGCACAGUGAAGAAGCUGGGCCACUCUUCAGUGAAACAGCUGCAAAAGGUGUGUCUCAGUGGUCAUAAUUCACACAAAGUUAACAUUCAGGAUGUUGUGCUGUACUAGGAAAGCAUAAAAUGCAUAGGAAUGCAGUUCUAAUUGCUGGCUUUUUUGAAGCAUUUGCAUUAAAUUAUUUUAUUUAUUACAAUGUAGUCUCCAUUCCUCCUGAACUCUUCCUGAAGUCCACACAGCCUCUCUUCUCAACCUGUUUAAAAAACAACAUGAACUCAGUAGAAAGUGUGCAGCAAGACCUACUUUAAUUGCUACCUAAAUGCACUCUAAGGUGAGGUAUUUUGCCGCAUUCUGAAUAUUACACAAAUGCUAAAAGUUCAGGCUGCAGGCAUAAAGAUGUGUAUAAAUGUGAGAUUAAAAACUUGGUUACUUUAGACUAACACCAGAGCAAGACUAGUAGUACUAAUUGCAAAGUGUAACUGUGGGUUUGUGUAGUGGGGGAAGGGGCUACAGGGGUGGCUCCUGUGAGAAGCUGUUAGAAGCUUCCCCGGCUCCAAACUUGGACCUGCUGCUGGCCAAGGCUGAGCCCAUCAGUACUGGUGGUAGCACCUCUGUGAUAACGUAUUUAAGAAGGGAAAAGGACUGCUGUGUGGGAGAGUAAAAAGGGAGGGAGUGAAAAGGUGGAGGAAGAAGAGCUAUAAUAAAAAAAAGGAGAGGAAGAAGAAGAUGAAGAAGAGGAGCUACAGUGAGGAGUGGGAUGUGAGAGAAACAGCCAUGCAGACACCGAGGUCAGUGAAGAAGGAGAGGGAGGAGGUGUACUGGAGCAGAGAUUCCCCUGCAGCCCGUGGAGGACCCCAUGCCAGAGCAGGUGUCUGGGCCCGGAGAAGGCCGUGACUCCGUGGGAAAGCCCACGCUGGAGCAGUUCGUGGAGGACUGCAGCUCGUGGAAAGGACUUGUGUUGGAGAAGCUCGUGGAGCGCUGACCCCUGUGAGAGGGACCCCACGCUGGAGCAGGGGAAGAGUGUGAGGAGUCCUCCCUGUGAGGAGGAAGGAGCAGCAGAGACAAUGUGAGAUGAACUGACCGCACCCCCCAUUCCUGUCCCCCUGCUUCUGGAGGGAGGAGGUAGAGGUAUCAGGAGCAAAGCUGAGCCCAGGAAGAAGGGAGGGGUGGGGGGAAGGUGUGUUUCUAAGAUAUGGUUCUAUUUGUCAUCAUCCUACUCUGAUUUGGUUGUUAACAAAUAAAAUUGGUUUAUUUUUCC